AUGACCUCAAGCCUGGAAGACUCCUCCACAGGGCCGAAGUCGCCAGAAUUACACUCUCUAGAACCACCGGAUGGUCGCAUUGCUCACACAUUAACCGCUUGCACCAGGUGUAGACAGCGAAAAUCCAGAUGCGAUCCGGGAAUUCCGCGAUGUGCGCCAUGCGAACGAAGUAAUGCCAAGUGCGUGUAUUAUGACUCGGCUCGAGAUGCCACCAUACCCAGAACCUAUAUCGUGUCGCUCAGAGAGAAAGCGCGGGCGCUAGAAAGGGAGCUUGUCAAAGCUGAGAAGGAGAUACAACAUGCGGCCGACGCUGAGUUGAUGGUGCGCGGUGCCGGGCGCAUCCGAUUCAAGGAGAAUGAUGAGGCGCGAUAUCUCGGGGCUUCGAGUGGAAUCGCGAUGACCCGUCUGGUCAUGGAGAUGGCCAAGCAGAAUACCGACUCAAAAAGCAUCAAAGAUGUGGUUCCCGAGUUUACUGCGCAAGAAAUCAAAGAGGCUUUUGCGCAGGAAGAUUCGAAGCCGACAUCCAAGAUCUACCCUAUGAUAAGCUCGAUCCCACAGGAAGACCUACCUCCUCGAGCCCUGACUUAUAGACUGAUCGACCUCUUCGUGGCUAAAGCACAAUCAAUGCUUCCGACCCUACACGAACCCACGUUUCGGCAAGAGGUAGAGGAGGUGCUCAAUGGCUCUACAGACCCCUGCCAAAAUUUCCAGUUGCGAAUGGUCAUAGCUAUCAGCAUGCAGAAAAUGAGCUCUGAAUAUGCUGGUCUCGCCGAUAGUUAUUAUCUUGCUGCAUUGCCCUUCCUGGAACCUACGCUCAAAAGAAUGGAUUUAAGAGCUCUCCAAUGCCUCGUGCUCAUUGCCUCAUAUUCAAUGUUGACGCCCACCCGCACAGCUGCAUACUGGGUCGUGGGGACCGCCGCCAAACUAUGUCAGGAUUUGGGAUUGAUUGAAGAAGCCACCAUUACGAAAUCGCCUUGUGGAGAAACUUUGAAUCCUUUGGAGAUUGACAUGCGCCGAAGAUUGUUUUGGAUCGUAUUAUCCAUGGAGCUCGGACUUUCUCAUAGUCUGGGUCGAUGCAGCAGUUACUGCGUCAGUCACGAUCACAUCAAUGUGAAGUUUUUUGAACUAGUGGAUGACCGGUACAUCACCGCUGAGGGAGUCACCCCGGGAGCGAAACCUAUCUUGUCAAAAUGCCUUGCUGUUCACUUCUUCAAGAUGCGAUUGCUCCAGUUGGAGCCGAGGAGAGUACUGUAUUCAAACAGGCGACCAACUCCAGUGAAUGAUCAGGAUCCAUGGUUUGCUCAAAUGUUAGCUAAACUCGAUCACUGGAUGGCCACUACUCCUAAGAAUGACGAUGGUAGUGGCCUCAGUGUGAAAUGGUUCCAAGGGAGACGCAACACAAUUCUUGUUCUAAUGUAUCGACCAUCGCCGCAGAUACCCGAGCCAAGCGUUAAUGCCGCGAAAAUCUGCUAUGACGCUGCUGUCUCCAACAUUGCCAUGCAUAAGGAACAGAUGAUCACCGGUUCUGUCGAUCUGACAUGGAUCUUUGUACAAGCUCUCUUCAUGGCUCUCAACACCGUCCUUUGGACCCUAUCAUAUCCUGAAAUUCGAAAGGAACAUACCAUCGAAGAAGUUCAAGGACAUUUAGAUAUGGCCCUCGAAGUGAUUGUUUAUUCCGCCGAGCGUUGGCCCGGUGUUCAGUCUGCCUUGCUUCUAUACAAGCGCCUUGUUGCGGCAUGUUUGAAAGCCUACAGAACGGAAGAGUCCUUCGUUGUACACUCGCCCUCGAACCAUCCCACACCGGCCUCCUCGCAAGAGGUCGCGACUCCCCAGCGAUGUCCAGUCCAUCCAACAGUACGACUGCCUCCUUUUAUUCCCAUACUCACCAUGGCCCCAACUCAUCCAUCGGAGAUACUGCCUCCAUUGGCACCUACUCCAGAGGACCAUCUGCCGAUCCUACAUUUGGCCAAGAAUCAAAUCCACCUUCAGUGGCCCCUGGGCCGUGCAAACAACAACAAAUGCCACUUACCGCCACCUACAGGGCAGAAUGUGAUACCACAGUAUUCAUCAGAAUCCUGCCCGACGCCCACAACGCUCUACCCUGAUAUGUCGAUCGACCCCAACACCCCUUAUAACGCGAUACCCUCAAUUGUACCCGGCCUACAAGGCUGGGACCCCAAUUUCUCACUUGCCUCAACGACCGCUGGUCAUUUGGCAUAUGUCGACGCGACUGUCGAUCCAAUGAACUGGACCACCUCCAUCGGAGACCAGUAUUCUCAGUUCUUCAAUGAGGCAUUCCCCGUACCUUCAUGGCGGGAGCGCACCCUCAGUCAGCAAGAACAAAUCGAGCUUUUGGCCUCCCUGGAAAACAAUAUACCCGAUGUGUCUGCGCAGUUGGGGAACGAGUAUAAUGCUUAUUAUCAGUCGUGA